AUGGGCGUCCAGGGCUUCCAAGAGUUCCUGGAGAAGCGCUGUCCCGGGGCCGUGGUGCCCGUGGACCUCCUCAAACUCGCGCGCACGGUCUCGCGCCAGCUGCCGCCUCCGGCCGCCCUAGUUCCCGGGGCCCCACUCGCCGCCAGGUUCUCCGCGCCUCUGCAAUCACCGCUCCCGCCCGCUGCCUACUCCGGGAGAACAGGGCCGACUCGGCACCAUCAUCCUUCUCACCACUUCCACCACCACGGUCAGGCGCACCUCGGGCUAUACCCGCCGCCGCCGCCGCCGCCGCCGCCUCCUCCUCCUCCCCUCCUCCUCCUCCUGCUUGUGGACGCUGGCUCGGCUCUGCCGCGGCUUUAUGGCGGCUACCAGACAGACUGGGUGUGUGGCGGCCAAUGGAAUGCCAUGCUGGGCUACUUAUCAGCGCUGUGCCAGGCUUGUGCCUAUCCUGGUGGCGACGGUCUGGAGCUCGUGGUCAUGUUCCCAGGAGGCCUGGGCAAGGACCGGCUGGCCGAGUGGGGCCGUCGGUGCCAGGCUGAGCGGCAGACAGCGCAACUGAUCGUGGGACACGUGGGCAACAAAGGCACCCCUCCUCCACGGGCCUGGUUCCUGCCACCGGCCUGCUUGAGCCACUGCGUGAGGCUAGCACUCAUCCGCUUCCGGGUCAAGGUCUUUCAGAGCCUUGAGGAUCACCAUUUGGAGGUGGUUGCUUUUUUCAGGGAAAAUGGCUUCCAUGGCCUUCUUGCCCAUGACUCCGAGUAUGCUCUGUACAAUAUUCCCUCUUACUACAGUUCCCAUGCUCUGAAGCUGAGCUGGAAUGGGAAGAACCUCACUACCAACCAGUUCCUGAUUCAGGAGGUGGCCAAGCAACUGGGCCUGAAACGGAUGAAUUUUCCCAUAUUUGCUGCACUGUUAGGUAACCACAUUCUUCCAGAUGAGGACCUGGCAGCUUUUCACUGGAGCCUCUUGGGACCUGAACAUCCCCUUGCAUCACUUAAGGUCCGAGCUCAUCAGCUGGUUCUUCCUCCCUGUGAUGUGGUGAUCAAAGCUGUUUCUGCGUAUGUUAGUUCUAUCAAAGACCCUUCAAACCUGGAUGUGGUUGGGAAGGAUGUUUUCAAACAAUCUCAGUCUAGGACAGAAGAUAAAAUUGAGCGAUUUAAGAAAGCAGUUGAGUACUAUUCAGUCACAACCAAAAUCUCUUCGCUGCCAGUGGGUCCUUCCUCCUUUCCAGGUUUUUGGAAUAAUCGGCUUGGAAAUCCUUCCCUUCCACGAAAUCAAAUGGGCAGUAUCUCUGCUGGAAAGCCAAUGUUUUCUUACCACGUGCCCCAGAAAACAAAAUAUCCAGCACCAUUCCCAGUGGGACCCAACUCGUCACUUCUCUUUUCCCCCCAUGCUUUUUCUGAGGAUUCCAUGCUGCAAGACAGCCCAUUUGCCAAUUGGGCUGUCUCUUAUGACUCCUCUGCAUCCCAGUUUCCCAAUUAUCUGACUUCCAAAGCUGCACCUUCUUUGGGACCAGACUCUUCCCACUCCUCUUCCUCUGAUGGUGAUGAGCCAAAUGGAGCUAGCUCUGAUCACAUCACAGAAUCACUUCAGCAGCAUCCAGGAUGGGAGGCUCCAAAUGGUGACAGAGAGUCCUGGGUACAGUCCAUCAGUGCUGGAGUUUCAGAUGCCAACCUGGCUGAUGGUGAGCCUCACAUCCCAUCUCUACUGUCUAUGUCUACGCGGAACCACAUGGACAUCACCAUUCCGCCCUUACCUCCAGUAGCUCCAGAAGUCUUGAGGGUUGCUGAACAUAGACACCGAAGGGGUCUUAUGUACCCAUAUAUCUACCAUGUCCUCACUAAGGGUGAGAUUAAGAUCCCCGUAUGUAUUGAGGAUGAGUGUAACAUGGAGCUGCCUCCAGCUGCUCUCCUUUUCCGAUCAGCUCGUCAAUAUGUGUAUGGGGUCCUUUUCAGUUUGGCAGAAACACAACGGAAAAUGGAACGUCUAGCCAUAAGGCGGCGGCUACCUGUGGAAGUUCCUUCAGUGAUCCUCAAAGAGUGGUCUGCCUAUAAAGGGAAGUCACCUCAAACCCCUGAGCUGGUAUCUGCACUGACAUUUCGAGAAUGGACUUGCCCAAACCUCAAGAAACUCUGGCUAGGCAAAGCAGUUGAGGACAAGAACAGAAGGAUGCGAGCUUUCCUGGCCUGUAUGAAGUCAGACACACCUAGUAUGCUCAAUCCAGCUAAUGUCCCUACCCAUUUGCUGCUCAUGUGCUGUAUACUCCGGUACAUGGUUCAGUGGCCUGGUGGCCGAAUCCUGCAUCGCCAUGAGCUAGACACCUUCCUUGCACAGGCAGUAUCUACCCAACUUUAUGAACCAGAUCAACUUCAAGAACUCAAGAUUGAGAAACUAGAUGCCCGAGGGAUCCAGCUUGCUGCCCUCUUCAUGAGCGGGGUCGACACAGCUCUGUUUGCUAAUGAUGCCUGUGGCCAGCCAGUCCCUUGGGAGCACUGCUGCCCCUGGAUUUACUUCGAUGGCAAGCUGUUCCAGAGCAAGCUAAUUAAAGCAGGCCGAGACCAAGUAUCCCUGGUUGAGCUCUGUGAUGGCCAGGCUGACUUGGCAUCCAAAGUGGAAAAGAUGAGACAGAGUAUCCUUGAAGGAGUCAACAUGAACCAUCCAUCACCUUCUGCUCUACUUCCAUCACCUACUUUUGUACCUCCCAUGGUGCCCUCUUUGUACCCUGUUUCACUUUAUUCCCAAGCCAUGGGUUCCCUGCCACCUCCCCCUCAAGGAAGGAGCCGGAGGUUUGCAGGUCUCCAUCCCAUUCCACCCCAAGGAGGAAAAUUGGAGAUUGCUGGGAUGGUUGUGGGCCAGUGGGCUGGCACCAGAUCCUCCAGGGGCCGAGGCUCCUUUGGCAUGCAAGUGGUUUCUGUCGGUGGGCCAGGAAAGGGGCAUGGAAAAGAAAUGACUGGUAGAGGAUCCAAAGGACAUAAAAAAGGACAUAAACAAGGCACUUCAGAUGGCAUUUCUAAAUCCCUGGAGCCUCAUCAAGGGCGGUCUCACUCACAGGUAAAUGGAAACAAUGGCACAUUGAUCAAGGAAGAGAAGAGUGAAUAUCAUCUUCCAGCUCCAGUACAGUGUGCCUUAUUCAGAGACAACAGCAUUUGUAAUAAUGAAAACCGCUACUUACACAUGAAGAAUGGGGAGAAGAGCCAUUUACGAGAGCAAAAGCUAGGAACUGUGGUACAACAGAAAGAAGAAUAACAAGAAGAAGAUGGCUUCGUUGGAUCAGAAAGAGGGAAAAACCUGUACUUUUCUGAUUUUAGGCCCAAGUUAGAGGAGGACAUAAAUGCUUACCCUAGAUUUAUCCAGGAUUUUUAUGGGAUAUCCUAUUCUAUCCAUCUUUCCCCUUCCCUGUCUUUUUCUGGGGCCUCAGACUUAGUGUCUGCUUCUGGGGGAAGUUCUGGUCAAAGAUGGAUGGCAAUAAGACUAGCUCCUAUUCUUAGGUUGAAUAUAUAAUGCCAAUAUACUCUCCAGCUCCCCUGGGAGCACAGUAAGGCAGUAAUUGUCAAAAAUCAGGUAUCAUCGCUUAAGGCCCUGUAGGAAAGUUAAGGCUUUGGCUUUCUGAGUCUUUAUCAUGAUACUUAUUUAAAGAACCCAUGGGGUGGUGGGGACAACUGUCUAUGACUUUCUAACUUGCUUUUUUUUCUCUCUAUGAAGUAGUGGGGCCUUGGUUUAUUAUCAUUCUCCACCUCCUCAUUCUUUCUUCCGACUCACCUCCCCCAGGAUUUUGUACCACGUCGUCUAGCUCUGGCCUGACAAUCAGACUGGUAGAUGGUUUCAGGGAAGUAAGUUAGUACUGGUUUUUUUUAUUUUAUUUUAUUUUUAUUUUUAUUUCUAUUUUUAAUUUUAUUUUAUACUUUAAAAAAAAAACCUAAAACUACCAAUAGCCUUGUACUGGGGGAUUCAAGUGAGUCGGAAAAGUACUGGGCAGAUUUUUACUGCCUCUGAACUAAUGCAUUGUUUGUAAAAUAGAAGAUGUGGUGCAGUUCUUCACCCACUCUCUGCUGCCCACACCCUAAAAAGGUGGAAAUCAAUGUAGUGAAAUUGAGUACGAAAGGGAACUCAAAGGACUGUGUGUGCGUGGGUGUGUUUGUGUAUGGGUCUGUGGGUGGAUGUAUAUAUGAACGUCUGUAUAUGCAUACACAUACCCUUUAUAUAAAAAGACAGAUCUAUUUAUACAUAUUUUAUAUAUAUAAACAUGUGUAUGUGUGUGUGUGUAUAUAUGUAGAGAGAGAGAUCUAUGCAUGCACACAUACCUACAUAUAUGGUGAUGUCCCAGAGGAUUUACUGAAAUUUCCCACAAAUGCUUCCACUGCUAUGGAGUGGUGGGUUUCAAAGACCACACUUUACAAUUCUUACUAAGUCACAGCCCAUCAUGGUUAUGAGAAGAUGGGCUUAUCUAAAGCAGACAAAAAGUACUUUCCAGAGAUUGCCUGUUCAGAACAACAGACAGUUGGGUUGUCACAAGCUUAAUCUUGGACAGAGCCUUCACAUCCCAUAUGGUGAAAACAGGAGGCUGGAAUGGGACUGGAACAAGUUGGGCAUUUCCUUGUGAGGGAGCAGUCUGACUCAGAGAGAGAAGGGGGUUGGGAGGUGAUUACCAGGGCUUGCAGCAGUUAGGAGGAAAUUGCAUCUGCAACUCCAGGGUCUAAGUGUCCUUAGGCUGGAAUUGAUUACCAUGAAUCCCUACAGAAGAGAGGACCAGUGUUGGAAAGAUGGGAUAGGGAAGUGUGAAGAAAUCAACAAUUUGAUUUUACAUGCCUAGAUUGUUUCCUUUGUUCAUUGACAUUUUGACUACUGGAUCUUUUCAUUUGUUUUGCAAGGAAUACUUGUGAGGACUCUAGCCUGCCCUUUAGCGGUAUUCUGUAAAAGGUUCCCAGCCCCUAAUGAGGCCAGAAUUUGCGCAGGACAAAGAGGUGGUUCCUCCUUGCUGGAGAUACUCUGGAGACAACCUUGCAUUUCCAGUUUCCCUCCUCAGCAGCCUAAGUUUGAGGGGUGGGAACAUGGCUUGCAACAGAUAAGCAUUGUGUCUUUAUUUAGGAAUUGAGGCUCCCAGCCUCACACAUCUCCUUUUGGGCUUUGUGAUACUCUUGCCCAAGAAGUACCAUUUCUACAGGAAUACAACUGACUAGACUUAUAGCAGGGUUCUCUCUCUUCUUGAAAAACCCCAUGCACCUUAACCCAAAGCAGAUCCUUGAUUUUUUUCCAGACAACUGGAAGGCUGUUUGUUCACUGCCCAUGUACAAUGAAUAUAUCAUAAGAGAUUGAAAACAGUCUCAUACUGGCCCAAUUUAAGAGAACCCAAAAUUUGCAGGGGGAGGGAGACCUAGAAUGCCUCUCCCCCUGCCCAGAUACUUCUUAUAUUAACCAAAGCAGGCUGACAAGAGUGCCCACCUAGCCAGAUAUAAUCAGGAACAAAGUGAACAAAAACCUCCUCUUUGGAAUCAGCCUCCCUACUUUGGUGUCCUCCCUCUUCUCUUGGACCUGCCUGACCUUUCACAGCCUGUUGAAGGUUAGGACUUCUAUAGCCAGCAAUAAAGGGAUUUAGUAGUGAACUUGGAGAUUUCUUUCUGGAGCCACAGAGGCAGGAUUCUUUUGGGGCUCUAAAAGUAACUAGUCACUAAGCUGUGUUAAAUAUAUAUACAACUCCAUUUUCUAAUAGGACGUACUUGGAGUUCAUUUUCUUUAGUUGCUAUUUCUGUGCAUCUUGAAUCUAUUUGACACAAAUGACAGUAUUGUUAACUCUCACAGUGUUAAGAAGGUUUCUUACUUUGUAGGCAUUCACUGUGAGAAGUAAAAUUGCUGCUUUGACAGGAACGAUUCCAGUUUGCCAAAAGGCUUGCCUUUCUCCCUUCCACACGCCUCCACUUCCUCCUAGCCUGGCCCAGGGUGAAACAAGUGGCUUAACUGCCAGCAUUGAUUUUUAUUUGGAUUCAGUACUUUGGGUUUGGAAGUUUACAAGAAUAAACCAUAAGGGGCCAUAUUCCUGCAUUUUAAUUUGUCUGCCAAAAUACACCAUUUAGAAGCAAGAAAGACUAAGGUUCAUUGCUGUAAGGUGAACUUUUUCUAAUUGCAGGACAAAUUGGGGAAGACAGUUUUAAUUCUUGCUUGAAGAGAGCCAUCCUUCCCUUGAGGUUCGAUUUCUGACUAUAAUGUGGCUUCUCUUGCACAAAAUCAUAUUGGAACCCCCAGAAAUGACCCCUUUACCUUGAAGGGCCACAAGCAAAAGCACCCUGAUUGUAUACAACCACUGAUCUCCAAGGACUUGCAGUUCUUGAUUUCUGCUAAUGUGUCUUGGGGUCAGCCUGAAACUGCCCCCCACCUCCAUUCAGUGUCCACUCUGGUCUGGACCAGGCCUGACAAAAUUCUGCUCACCUGUAUCAUUUUCAUCCUGAGCCAGUAGGACUUUGGGUAGACUUGAAAGCCCAGGAAAUGGCACUUGCUUUGCCUAGUGACAUUUGAUUUUUGUCUCCAUCUUGAUUUUAUGGCAUUGUUGGCCAAGGCAUAUUCACUCUUGAUCGCUGAGAAAAACAACCUGACAAGGCAUUAGGGAGGGUGGUUAAGGUGGGGGGUGGGGGGGUAGAACACUUAUGUAGGUUAGAAAGAAUGUGGAAGUAACUGUUUGGUUAUAGUGACCCAGUCCAUUGGAACCUUAGAAGGCUCCUGUGGGCAUGUUAAGUGCUACCCUUUCAUUCUCUAAGACGACCUCCUGUGAAAUGACAGUACAAGUAGACCACAGUUUAAAGUAGUUCGUAUAAUUCUACUAAGGUUUAAUCGUUACACUUGUUCACUUCCUGAUGCAUAUUUCCUAAAUAUGUUGGGGUUUGAGGGGCAUAAGUUGUCACUGUUCACUCUGUGUCGCUCUAUAUUUUCCUCCUUCUUGUGACUUUGGCAUCUUCUUUAUUUGACUUUCAUUUUCUCUUUCCCUUUGGCUUUUUGCAGUAGUCUGCUGAUGUAAGUAGAGCUCAGUGCACCUAUUCCUCUAUUACGGCUAAAAAAUUAUCUUCAAUAUUGUCUGAGGUUAUUUUGUUUUUCUAAGAAGAUAACGUCAUUUUUUAUAAAAUCGUCUUUUCCAUCUUAAAAGCAAAAUGCUGGGGUGCCCAUUGCAGCUUCUGACAUUGCCCUUGUAAUUUUAUAGAUGCACUUUUUGUCCAUGUUGGUAGUAACUAAUGACAAGUGCAUUUUCAUGUAAAUGAAGCAAAUUAAGUAUUUCAUAUUUUAUUAAUCUCAUAACCCUGCCAAAUCCAGUGAUUUCAUUUUAGUUACUUCCCAGAAGACUUUUCCCCUCCCACCUUUUAUUUUAUUUUAUUCUAUUCUAUUUUUAGAAUAACAUACUAGGUAAAGAAACUUUAACUGCAAGGAGUCAGUGAUGUUUAGUGCUCCCUGAUAAGUGAUGUUACUGACAAAAAUUCUUUCAUUAUCUUUUCCUGUGUUAAUAUCUCUUUUGUGCUCUUGACUGUGUGUUUAGUGGAUGGAUAAUACGUAUUUCUCUUUCUCACUCCCAGAUUCCAAAUUCCCUACCUUUUUGGCCCACGUUACCACAAAAGCUCCAUAGUUUAUUAAUGUAAGUUUGAAUGGAUGCUUCUUGGGGGAAACUGCAGAGGUUAAUGGAAGUGUUCCAGAAAGGAAUGAAAAUGUCUCAGGAGUUGUUCCAUGAUGGAAAUUGGUCUGUUGUUCUGUUAAUGCUGAUGGAAAGAAACUUACAGUGCUUAAUAAAAGUCUAUUCUUUUAGUAAAAAAAGUCGUGAAAUAA